AUGGGAGAUGAUGAGGCUUUCGCAAAUUUGUUUGAAAUUUUAGAGGUUAUACGGGUAAAAGGAAUUGCAGUAUUUGCCGAUAGUCGUGUAGCAGAGAAUUACCGUUGUAUGGAAACGUUCCAUCUCUUAUCAAGACCACCUCUUAAUGUUUUUGCAGGGGAAUUACUAGUACGAAAAACUUUUGAGACAUUUGCUAAUACUACUAUUGCAAUAUACCAAAAAAAUAUUUCUCAAGGAGAAGAAUUAUUAGCGUUACGUUCUUUACAUGAUGAUUAUCAUCAAAAUAUGCUUCUUCUUAAUGAUUGGUGUAGAAGAUUGCAUGUAAGAGAAUCUGUGGCGAAGUUUACUGUUUCAUUACGUUGUCAUUUGCUACAGCCUGAUCUUCUUACGGGUGAACUUCCUGCAGGUAAAGAAUCAUUAUUGCAAUUCCUGCGUAAUCACGGUAGAAAGGUAUUAGCAGAUAUUGAAGGAAACGAGGGUCGAUCUACAUUAGUUCAUGGGAUUCUUGGUCAUCGUGAUGAAGUUUUUCAACGAUUACAUGGUUUAACUUUAUCAUCAACGCAAGAUAUUAAAGCAUUAUGGAAGUCUGUUUUAGUAAAAUGUACACGUGAGCGAAUUGAACAACUAGAUGAUGAUUUUACAGUAGCACGUAUAUUAUCUUGUAUUCAAUGGAAAGAUGAUGUUGUAGAUACUUUUGUACGAAUGGCGUUAUCACCAGAUCCUAAUGACUCAGAUGUUCGUGCAGAGGUAAAUCGUUGGUGUGAAGAGUUGGAACAACUCCUUUUACUUAGUUAUGGUCGUAAACGAAUUGCAAGUUUUUGGGAUAUAGUAGUGGAAUAUCCUGAUUCUACACCUACACUGCAAGAUCUUCGUUUGUGUCUUCAACGUUGUGCAGAUGAUACACUACGAGAUGAGUUAAUACAAAUAGCGAAACGAAUGUUGGCAUCACGUUUACAUCGAGCAGGAACUCGUACAGAAGAUAUUCUUGCUAUAUUAAUUGGUACAAUACAUUCUCUUUGUGUAUUAUUAUCAAAGAAUGAUCAAAGCUCUGUAAUAUUUACAAUUGUUGGGGAUACACUGGAACACUUAAAAAAGCGAAGAGAUUGUGUCUCUGCUGUUGUUCAAGCUAUUACACAUCCAAGUGCAGACUCUGUUCUACAUGUUGAUUUACAAAACUAUUCAAGUAAUACUUAUAAUCCUGGUAAUAGUGGUGAUGGUACUAUGGGUGAUAAUAAAAAUGAUAUUUAUAAUGAAAAUAUGUUAUCAAUGUCUGGACAAUCACCUCUUUCUAUGCAAGAGAGACCAGAUGUUUUGCGUGUACUUUUGUCUGCAAUUAGUGUUACCUUACUUGUGGAGGAAUAUAGACAAGUUUUGGCUUCUCAGUUACUAGGUAAACGUAUGCAUGACUUUGAUACAACGGCAGAGGAAGAAGUUCUUGAACGUUUAAAAUGUGCCUUUGGUGAAGAUGUCUUAUCAUCUUGUGUAGUGAUGAUACGUGAUUUUCAGUGUUCUCGUCGUUACACACAUCAGUUAAGAGAUGCCUAUAAACAAUCCGUAUUAGAAGGAUUACCAUUGAAUAAACAACGGGAUUGGCCUUUUAGUUUAAAUGUUCUUUCUACUACAUCUUGGCCAAAGUUAUCAUCAUGCCUUCCUAUUGGAGAGACACAACCUGUUCCGGAGAAGUAUAAUCCUCAUCCAUCGCUGAGUACGGCAAUGGAUAACGUAUUGGAGGAUUAUAAGCGUAUGAAAGCGAAUCAACGUCUUGAGUGGAUUCUCUCACAGGGAUGUGUUAGUUUAGAAUUAAAACAGAAAGAUACUUCUACAGGUACAAUAGUUGCCGUAACAUAUGAUCUUUCACUCUUUUCUGCAUCACUAGUUUUGUAUAUUCGAGAUCUAUCGAAGGAGUUAAAUUCUCCUGUUCCGUUGGAAUCAAUUGCGGAGCGUAUGGGGGUUAAACCACGUAUUUUACAAUCUCAUUUAUCACAUUUAUUUCCUUCUAUUUUGAUAUCUAAUGAUGGUUGUAAAAGUUUAUCACUACAGACAAACUAUAUCUCAGCAUCUAGUUUUACAUUUGAUGAAGCAGAAGAAAUUGAGGAACAACCUGCUGGACUUUCACAAGAUCAAGUAAAGAUAUUACUAUCUAUGAUGACAGCAAUGCUUAAAGCAAGGGGUGCAUGUGGAGUAAGUGAUAUAUUUAACAGUAUGAAAAUGUUUGGACAAUUUCAAGGAAGUCUUGAAGAUAUGAAAAAAUUACUACAAAUGUUCGUCACACAGGGUAAAUUAGUUCUGAAUGAGAGCAAACUCUUUACACUACCAAAGAGCUAA